AUCAUUUCUAACACAUCUCAUUAAUUAAUUACAAAGGAAGGAAAACUCUGUAUUGCAUCUUUAUAAUUAGUUUUUACAGCCAAAAUGCAAGCGGGAAUUCAGGCUUUUCGGUUGCAUGGUAACACUGUUAAAAAUGCUGUCUUGCAACGAAUUCGUGUUGCCACUCCUGUUAUGCGAUCCAUCAUGUUUACUCGAUUUGAGUCUGUUUCAUCUGCCCGUAUGGAAGAGCAUGGCUUUGAGAGCACUACCAUUGCUGACAUCUUGAAAGCAAAAGGGAAAAAUGCUGAUGGCUCCUGGCUUUGGUGCGCUACAGACGACACUGUUUAUGAUGCUGUCAAAUCGAUGACACAACACAAUGUCGGUGCCUUGGUAGUUGUAAAGCCUGGUGAGCAGAAUUCAAUUGCAGGGAUCAUCACAGAGAGAGAUUAUCUCAGAAAGAUAAUAGUACAGGGAAGAUCAUCAAAGUCAACUAAGGUUGGGGAUAUUAUGACUGAAGAGAACAAGCUAAUCACCGUUACCCCAGACACAAAAGUUCUGCGAGCAAUGCAGUUGAUGACUGAUAACCGCAUCAGGCACAUUCCAGUGAUUGAUAACAAGGGAAUGAUUGGCAUGGUCUCCAUCGGAGAUGUUGUCCGAGCAGUGGUGAUUGAACACCGUGAGGAGUUAAACCGUUUGAAUGCAUAUAUUCAAGGUGGUUACUAGAUGAUGACGACAAUGUUGUGUGUUUCUUUCUCCUGUUAGGUUACCCCUGAUCUUUAGACGUUAAUAAGCCAAGAGCUUGUUAAUAUGUUGUGUUUUCUGCAUCUUUUUCUGUUUCGUUUCACCUGCUGUGUGAACUAAUAGCAUGUGACUUGCCUGGAUAAUAACAAUAGUCAUGCUAUGUAAUAUUUUCUGGUUUCAGUCCUAUAUAAUUGCUCACU